AUGGCGUAUCUGCUUAAUGCCAGCCAUUUAAAUGCGUUGGCGACCAUCGAUUGGCAAGACUUAGCCGACUGCACGGACGUCUUUCAGCAGGAAGUUUCUAGAGCCGCUGCAACCCAGCAGGUAAUUGACAACCGUCGCCCCCUCAUCCUCUUUGGUCUUUAUGACAAGCUUCCCAGACCUGGGCCCGAAGCAGACGUGAUGCUGCUCUUCAACCCAUUAUGCAUAGCGCCUCUCUUGCUUUCUCCUUUUGCCAUGGCAGUGCAAGCUUGCCGGCUCCACUGUUCAGCAUGGCCAGUGGAUUUUCAGAGCCCGUGCUUGCAGCCAGAGCCCGAGUUUGAUUUCCAGGAAUUUCGCGAUGCCGUGGAUAACUUCAUAUCCGAUCCAUCCUCUCUGAUGCCACCUCUGCUGGACUGCACUGAUUUUCCUUUCCCUGUGGAUGAUGGAAGAUCCUUCAGCCCUUGCUGUCGUCAGCCUGCAGAGGACGAUUCUGCCUCUCAGAUGAAUGCAGAAAACAUCUCUUCCACUGAGCAGUAUUGGAAAGACUUAGCAAAUCAGAACCAGAAAGCACUAGGGGAUGCACUUGUGGAAAACAAUCAGCUCCAAGUGACAUUGACUCAAAAGCAGGAGGAAAUUGCUUCCCUGAAGGAAAAAAAUAUUCAUCUGAAGGAACUGGCCAGCCAAGCGAAGCAGCUUGCCUCUGUGCUGGAUAAGCUGAUGAUCCCGCAGUGCAAGGACAGCGCAGAAAUCUCCCUUGCCAAUUGCCCCAACAAGAGGAGCCUCAAGCAGGUGACCAUCGCUGAGCAAGAGGAGGAGCAGAUGGAAGUGAAUGAAAUUUUGCGGGAAAUAUCGGACAGAUGCAACGCGGCCUUGCAGUCCGCUGAUGACAAGAGAAGCCCAAAGCGCCCUCGGGGAGAGAACGAAACAAUCCACAUGUACGGUGCUUUCCAGGGCUUGCAGACAUGCAGCAGCCACAGUUCCCUGGACCUCAGUGGCAGUGAACUUGAGGAAGGGUUGUCCUUCACGACAGCCAUCAAUGAGCAUUGUAACAUUAGGACGCUGGCCUUCCCCCAAGGCAAUGCGUUUAUGGUCAGGACAGCUACUGGGGGCCACAAGUUUAGAUGGGUUCCCAGGUGAUGAAAGAGGGAUGUGAUCAGACGACUACACUUGCCUCUCUUUCCAGUGACUUCCUGCCAAAGAACCGCUCAUCUUCCUGCGUAGUGCCAAGGCAUUUCAGGUGGAGUCUACUGCUGACAGCUGACUGAUGUCAACCAGAGUUGCUAAUAUUUAGCUGGAAGUCCAGACAUCUGUUUAAAAUAGACAAACACAGAGCACUCUCUGCACCCCUCCCUUAAGUAAGCUGAUGCCAAACUUAUUGUUACUAAUCACGUUUUCUGUUUUGGAUUCCUGGCCCAUGAUUGCACUCCAUAAUUGGAAGCCA